GCCUAUCCAGUAGACUCUUACCGGUAAAUAAUUUAUGUUUGGAGUCUCAGACUGCUCAGCUGACAGCUUCUCUACAGCAACUGUAUGGCUUAUCUGAUCAGGUCUUAUCUCCAGGAAUUUUGCAAUCUUCAGCGCGAUACAUAUCAGCCAAGUCGGAUGCCUCACAAGCCGGGUCGCCCUGAGUCGCCUGAUUGGAUGUUGCGCACUGAUCAACACUGGCACUGCAGUCUAGCGGAGAAGAGUCUUGCCGCGUGAAGCCGAUGAUCGACGUCCCCGCAGCCCGCUCGACAGCUGACCAUGAGCCUCUCGAGAGCCACACGAGACACGUCCACAACUGAGACGGGAGUCAACAACGCCGAAUAUGGUAGCACAGGCACAGCGUCGGACGAGCCGGUCUUCCAAAUCCUACCCUGGCAUAUUGAUCUAAUUGAGCCCAAAGUCAUCCGCUCGUCGGUGAUCCACAAGGCCGACAUGAAAGAGGGCAUGGUCGAGCCACGAAUCCUUGCCGAUCUCCUGUCUCCCUCGUCUAUUCUCGGCCUCAACACGGACUGCGUCUGCAAAGCGGGUUUUGACCAGUGUCUGACAAAUCGGUUUGGGCACAUCGCCUUAGGCGAAAUCAAACAACGUCGGAAUAUUUGUUCUUUGCUCGUCUGGAACCACUGACUUUGGCUGCUAUGUGAUUGUUCUUCUCAAUCCUACCUUCAGUCAAGGAAUAUUACCGGCCGGAUAAUCUCAAGAAAGAUAAAACUCGGUCAAAACAGAAGAACACAGAAAUCAGCUCUAUAGGAGCCCCCCAGCCGGCUCUGAUGUCGCCAUGAUGACAUCCCAUCCACACGACUUUCCACCACCAUAGUCUUUUUUGUAAAUAGAAUACGUACAUAUUUGGGUAUUUCUAUACUUCUCUGAAGUAAAUAAUCGGACUUAAUUGAAUUGAGGGAUAGUAUUACUU